CCGGGGCGCGGCGGGACCCCCGGAGCCCCGGGACCCCCGACCCCGGAAUGCGGGACCCCCGCAGCCCUCAGAGCCCAGGACGUGGGGUCCCCGAAACCCAGGACUUGGGACCCCUGAGCCCGGAGUGCGGGACCCCCGGACCCCUGGGCUCGGCAGCCCUGGACGCCACGAGCCGGGACCCCCGGAGUCACAGCACCCCUGGCUCUGGGCCGUGGGACCCCUGGAGCCCUGGAAGUCCUGGAGCCCUGGGACCCCCGGAGCCUGGCACGUGGGAGCCCUGGAGCCGCAGGACCCCUGUCCCCAGCAUGUGGGACCCCCAAAGCCAGGCCAUGGGACACCCGGAGCCCUGGGACCCCCGAGGCCGGAAUGUGGGGACACAGCACUGCCAGCCCCGGGGACCCCCAGAGCCCUCCCCCGGCCCUGGCCCGCCCCCACGGACACUGCCCCCGGUGCCAGCGGGGGAACUUGGGGUCCUUGGGACCCCCCGGGAUCCCCCCUCAUCCUGGGGCACCCUGCCCUGGACUGACUGUGCUGCUCUUCCUCCUCCUCCUCCUCCUCCUCCUCCUCCUCCUCCUCCUCCUCCUCCUCCUCCUGCUGCUGCUGCUGCUGCUGCUCGCCGAGCCCCGGGGCGGCGGGGGGUGCACAGGUGUGUGUGUACAGGUGUGUGUGUGUACAGGUGUGCACUGUGUGUGUUGUACAGGUAUGUGUGUGUUCACAGGUGUGCACAGGUGUGUGUGUGUGCACAGGGGUGUGUGUGUGUUGUACAGGUGUGUGUGUGUGUACAGGUGUACACUCUGUGUGUACUGUUACAGGUGUGCACAGGUGUGUGUGUGCACUGUGUGUGUGUGUGUGUGUGUGUUACAGGUGUGCACAGGUGUGUCCCCGGCUCCUGUCCCCAGGAUGUCACGUGUGUGUCGGGGGGUCCCGCUGUGCUGGGACACACGUGUUGCCCCCCCCCCCGUGUUUGUGUCCCCCCACUGUGCCCCAAUAAAGCCGACAGAGACCCCCGGCUCUGUGUCACCACCCGGGCGGUGUGCGCAGGGAAAGCCCCCUCGGGUGUCACCGUCAUUAAAUGUCGUGACAGCCGGGGACCGGCUGGGACAUCCUGCUGGCCACGGAUUGACCGACACGGGGACAGGGGAGGUGGCAUCGCCUUUACUGAGCCCCGCAGGCGGCGCUGA